AUGGCAGAGAAGAAGAUCAGUGCAAACUCGAGCGAGAGCCCAAAAGGAGGAGCUGGUGUCUUUGCUAAGCGGGUUCAGAGACAGUUCAGCAGGGCUCAGGAGAGGGUCCUGCAGCGGAUUGGUAAGAGUUCAGAGACCAGAGAUGCUGAGUUUGAACGGAUGGUACAAGACCUCCAAGAUCAACAGGGUGACGGGCAUCGAAUAUACAAGGACCUCAAAGCAUAUGUAAAUGCUGUCAAAGUGAUGAGAGAUGCCUCGAGCCGUUUGUUCCAGUCUCUGUUUGAUGCUUAUGAGUCUGACUGGGAUGGGGAAAAUGAUUUGGGAGCCAUUGUGGAGGGGGAAGAACUUCUGUGGAGUGAUUAUGAGGCAAAGCUUCUGGACCAGGCCCUGCGGACCAUGGAGUCCUAUAUGUCUCAGUUCCCUGACAUCAGGGAAAAAGUGGCAAAGCGAGGGAGGAAGCUUGUGGAUUAUGAUUCCUCUCGUCACCACUUGGGGGCACUGCAGAACGCCAAAAAGAGAGAUGACAUAAAAAUAUCCAAGGCAGAAGAAGAAAUGAAAGAAGCCAAGAGUGUGUUUGAAAAUUUGAAUCAUGAGCUGAAAGAGGAACUCCCUACUCUAUUUGACAGUCGCAUUGGCUGCUAUGUGACAGUCUUUCAGGCCAUUGCUGGUUUAAGGGAUAUCUUCUACAAAGAAAUGAACACGCUAAAUCAAGACUUACAGAGUGUGAUGACUGAUUUGAAGACUCAACAUCCAGACAAGGUGUUUGUGGUAAAGGCUUUUAACCGCACCGGAUCUUUGAAGAGACGAUCUCUGAGGUCACCCAGAUCAUGGAUGAACAGCCUGUCUGACUUCACUUUGCCUUACAGUCCCACAUCAACCCUUAAGAGAGAGCAUUCGUCCAGCUUCAGAUCAGACAGGUACUCUUAUGAGUUCCAGAGGGGCCUUUCUCCUGGCUCCCACAGGUCUCAGGUCGUAGAGGAGCCCAUGGUCGGAGAGAGGGACAUCAGCUCCACCAGCAACCUUCCUGUGACAGAGGAGACCUCACCUGCCACUGAGUCAGAGGUGAGUGAUUCUGCUGCUGGAGCACCCAGAGGCUCUGGGGAGGAGACACCAGUGGAUGAAGGGAAGGAGAAAAAAGAGUGGGAAGGGGAGCCACCAUCCACUGAGGGAGAGAGAGAGGAGGAUGCUUCCUCUCCUAAGGCAGAGGCUGAGGCAGACACUCUGCAAACAGGUGUGAAUAACUCAGAAACCCCCAACCGCAAGGAUCCCAUCAACCUUAACAGCACUGGCUCACAUACAGAGGACACCAAAGACUCUGGAUGUGAUGGCCUGGAGAAUGGCACCGCAGACACAGAACAUUCUGGAGUGCUAAGCACAGGUGUGGCCAAAAGGGACUGUGUAGUGAAGGAGGAGACAGUUUGA